AUGCUGCGCAACGGGAACAGCACCAGCAUGCAGCAGCAGCAGCAGCAAGCAGCAACACAAAACAGCAGCAGCACAGAAGAUACAAAAGCUGUUCUUGCUGCUGCUGCUGCUGAGAGGAGACGUUUGCUGCUGCAGCAGCAAGGCUCACGACCCCUUAAGAAAAGAGCAGCAGCAGCACAAGGUAAACGUCCUGCUGCUCUCUCUCUUGUUGCAUUGACUAAUGCUGCAGUAGGGUUUGAUGCUAACGAGCAACCAGAAGCAGCAACAACAGCAGCAACAGCAGCAGCAACAGCAGCAGGGAGUGGACCUGCUGCAGCAGAAGAGCAGCAGCACGAGUCAUCAGCAAAGGGAGAAGACAAACGUCUUGCGGCAGACCCAUCUGAAGGCUCCACGAACAGCAACACCGGCAACAGCAGCAGCAAUAGCAGCAGCAGCAGCAGCAGCAGCAGCAGCAGCAGCGAGUCUAGCAAGGAGGCUGCUCGUGACACAGGUAGGCAGCUGCUGCGAACUCUUAAGGAAGAAUUAAAAGAAGAAUUCCCUUCCUUUUGUUCCUUAUUAAAGCAGCUGUCUGCUGUCAGCCGCCCACUGCAGCAGCAGCAGCAGCAGCAGCAGCAACAGUCUACUGGAGGCAGCAAAGAAAACCGCAGCAACAGCAACAGCAGCAGCAGCAGCUGCAACUUGGGCAGCAGCAUAAGAAAGACAGAAGCAGCACGGAGAUACGCAGCAAUCGUAGAUGCAAUGUGUACAGCCCUGCUGCAGCCUCCCAAGCAGCAGCAGCAGCAGCAGCAGCAGCAGGAUUGGCAUGCGCUGCUGUCUUUGCUGCAGCGGCGCAGCAGCUAUUUACGCUUUAUUGUUAAUACUUAUGUUGGUCCUCCUUUUGCUGCUCCUCUUAUUGACCUUAUUGGGGAUAGAGGAGACACUAUACUUAGAGAUGCUGCCAGCAAGCAGCAGCAGCAGCAGCAGCAGCAGCGGCAGCAACAGCAGCAGCAGUAA